AGUUGAGCUGAGAAUUACAAUUCCUAGGAACGCAACAGUUAAUGCUCUCCAGAUUGCGAUUCAAAAUGAGUUGGCGUCUCCAUUCCAAAAUAUCCCUCUUGAUCUUCGACAAAUUUAUUAUCCUGGAAGUACAGAUGAAAGACGUAUGCAACAGCAAGCUUUAAUCUCUGAUUAUUUUAAUGGGAAUCCUCCUGAAGAUUUAUACCAUGUCGUCGCAUCUCCCAUACCACCUCCACCAAAUAAUUAA